AUGGCGUCUCUUUUAACGGACCCGUUGUUUGAAAUCUCUGGACGAGGUCCCUCACCUAAUAAGAAUUUUUAUCAUUUUACUGUCACAAAGUCAGAUGUGAUAUGGAGAUGGUGGACGAUAUCUCUGAGAACUGUGGACAGGUACUCCAAGCCUGGGGAGCUGAGGGAGUCUCACCAGGACUUCUUGGAUGACACUUGGCUGCAGGGUGAGGUCGGUAUGGUUUUCGGUCGUCGAAUCUUGCAGUACACCAAGGCUUUGUGCCAAGGCCAUUAUGAUUAUCUGGAGCACCUGUCUGACUCGUUACUUCUGCGGAUAAUAAAUUAUCUAGAGCUCGAGGAUGUGGGUCAGCUUGGACGAACGUCACAGAGGUUCAGGCAGCUAUGUGGGUCAGAGGAAUUUUGGGAGCAGGCUGUGCGGCGGAGCUGCAACACAGUUUCAGUUGAGGUGGCUUCUCUGGCGCUUGAGGUGGGCUGGCGCAGCAUCUUCUUCACCAGCAAACUACAGCUGCAGAAGUUGAUCAGCCGCAGGAGGCUGAAAACCGAGGAGCACCAGGAAGGACAGGUCUCUGACCCGGAUAAACAAGCAGAGGAAUCUCCUGAUGAAAGCUCAGAGGCAAAACAGACAUCCAGUUCUGAGGAGGAAUCUCACCCUGGCAUCGUUCCUGAUCUGAGCCUUGGCACUGGCGCUGGUAUUGGAUUUGACACCAGCUGUGAUGUUGAUCCUGACCCCAACCGUGAACCAGAGGCUGGCUCUGAUUCCAUCGAGCCUGUGCUUGAGCAGUUCUUGGAGGACAUAAAGCUCUGUGGGGUGGAAACGCUGGCGCAGAGCAAUGGACUGAGCAAUGGUAGAGGAGACGGCAGUACAGAGCCAAACAAAACACAGAGUUAA